AUGUUUCGCUUCGCGAGAGCUCAUGCCUCUCACGGCCGGCCUCUCGUGGCCAGCGUUGUCCCCCGGCCAUCGCCAGCGCUCAACCGUCCACAAGCCGUCGCGACGGGCGUAAGAACCAUUCAACGGGCUCCAACCGGAAAUCGCAAAGCCCGUCCAGACCCCAGCCUAAUAAAUGAGAGAGCGCCCAUAAAGAUCCAAACACUGACGAUACCCAAACGCUCCAACGCUCUCUUCCGCAUGUUGUGGAAGACGCUGGAAAUCCCCGACGGCGACCCCGACGAGACAUACAAAAUGUACAGCGCCUACCUGUCGGCCCUCGCCCAACGCAGGGAAAACAAGAAUUGGGAGUCCAACUUCCUUGCACAGACAAGGGCGAACGGCGCCGACAUCCACAACCUGGCCCUCUUGAUCCUGGACUUUCCCAACAUGCGCGAGGAGGAGAAGGACCUCUUCUUCCACGUCCUCAACACGGCUGCCGGCAUCGGCUACGACGCCUCGGCCCUGUCCCUCGGCCGGACCCUCAUCCACAACAGCGUGCCCAGGACCUCCCCGUACUCCUACUGGGCGCCCCAAUGGGGCCACAUGCGCGACCACGUCGACUACCUCAUCAAGCUCGGCCGCGACGCCAAUGCCGUCGUCCUCGAGGGCAUGCUGGCCCUCAGCCACAAGACCGAAGAGAAAGACCGCAAGGCCCUUGCCGCCUUCCAGCGGGCGCGCGUGCUUGGCGACGAGAUGACGUACUUCGACUGGGAGGCGGGCUGUCUCACGGGCAUGGCCGAGGCGUACAAGCGCCUGAAAAUGCUGAAAGAGGCCCAUAACACAUACCGGCUGCUGGCGGACAAGGGUUACGCGGAUGGGGUGUACGAGCUGGCCAUGACGGCCCCGGAAAGCAGAGACUAUCUCCCUCGUCUAACCAGGGCGGCCGUCUCUGGAUACAGAAAGGCUUUUCAGCCUCUUAUGAGCGAGCAUCUGAGGCUGUCAAGCGAGUACAGGAAGAAAGGUGACGAAAAAAACGCGGAAGAGCACCUGUUUUGGGCGGCGGAAUAUGGAAAUAUUAUCAAAUAUAGGAGGACUGUGAAAUAG